CCUGGCCGAUAACCUACCAAUAGGAACACAAGAGUGGGCGGGAACGUCCGGCUGUGAUGGGCAGGCGACGCCAACCAAUAGCCGCGCGCCUCAGCCGUAGGCGGGAGCCACCGUGUUGUUCGAGCGUCAGCGGAAGGAACCAAUAGCGGCCGAGCCCGAGGUGUGCGGGCAGCGAAUAGGGGGGCAAGAGAAAGCGGCUGCUCGGCGGUGUCAGGUCGCCUAACCGUCAGUCGCUCGGCACGGGGCGAGGGGGAACGAAGAAAUCCUUGGCUCGCUCCAGUAUCGCCCCGGGUACCCGCCCCCCUCAUUUCGGCGCCAUGACGUCAGCAUCCACCAAGGUCGGGGAGAUCUUCUCUGCAGCCGGAGCUGCCUUCACCAAACUAGGAGAACUGACCAUGCAGCUCCACCCCGUGACGGAUUCCUCGCCGGCGGGGGCCCGCUGGACAGACAAUGAGAUUCAGAUGUUGCAUGCGGCUGUCAGACGUUUCGGGGAAGACUUAAAUCAGAUCAGCUCAGUAAUCAAGGAGAGGACAGUGGCACAGAUUAAGUACACUGUGAAAAAGAAGAUCUACGAUGACAGCGGGGUCCCCAUGCCUUCAGAUUCUCCCCGGAAAGUGGCAAAGAAGGCCGCGCCAGUUUCCUCUUCGGUUGGCAUGGUGACGGCGCCGCAGGUCGGCGGUACGACGGCAAUACCCGAGGGGUCACAGGGUGCUAUGAGGAAACGCAAAUCCUCUGCAGAUGUAACGCUCAGCGCCCUGAACGACUCCGACGCCAACAGCGACCUAGUAGAUAUAGAAGGUUUGGGCGAGAGGAGCACCGUGAAAAAACUCAACUUCGAUCAGGACAAUCUAAACUUGGAUUCCAGUUUUAUUAUGAACUCUAGUGAUCUCCCCCUUUUAUCUCGCUGAUGGUACGUUCCACACCUGCUUGUAAAUAUUGUUAUCCCGUCGCUACCCCUUUGUGGAAUGUUCCGCCAUGUCCUCUUCUGACGAUAGCCGCGCCGAGCCACUUCCAGCCAUUCUGCAACAUCCACAUCCUUGCGACCUGUGACCUUC